CAGGCGGCCUCUCUGCGAGCACCGCACUGCACCAUGGCGUCCGAGUCCAGCGAGCCCAAGUCGUACUCGACCGACCCGGCGCUGUACAUCUACACAUCAUUGACGGCCGGCUCUUCGCACAUCGUCACGGCCACGUCGCGCCUCGAGACCAUCCUGCGCGCCAACCGCGUGCCGUUCAAGGCCAUUGACAUCGCCACCGACGAGAAGGCCCGCAUGCUAUGGGGGCGCCGCGCCGGCAAGGACGCGAACGGCCGCCAGCGCAAGCUCCCGGGGCUGGUGCAGAUGGGCAUGGUCUUGGGUGACCUCGUCGAGAUCGAAGAGUGGAACGAGUACGGCGAACUGAAGGAUCACGUCACCUUCUACUAUGACGAGUUCACCCAGCCAUCCAUCCACCAGGCUCCCAAGGCCCCUCCCGCGGCAGCGCCCAAGCCUGCAGCCGCUUCUGCCUCUGUUCCCGCUGCUGCUCCCGGCCCGGCUGCUCCCCCUGCGCCGCCAGCGCCAGCGCCAGCGCCGAAGGCCACCGCAGCCGGCAAGGCGUCAGCAGCGGUAUCUAAAGCUGCCGCCGAAGUCACCCUCCCCGUCCGCAGCAUCGCCGAAGAGGCCGCCGCUAAGGCCAAGCAAGUGCACCUGCAAAGCCUCCGCGACAAGGUCUACGGCAAGGGCAACACCUCCGCAACUACCACGGCCACCAGCUCAACAGACAAGGACAAACCCACCUCAUCAACAACCACGUCCGAAAGCAGUAAAACGAUAUCAUCUACCACCACCACCUCCUCUUCCUCCACCACCUCUUCAUCCACCCCAACAACAACAACAACCACCCCAGCAGCAGCCGCAACACCGGCGACGUCAACGUCAACAGCAGCAGGCCUCCAGUCGCCCACGACCGCGGGCUGGCGGCCCGGCGCGCAGGCGCCCACGAUCCAGUCGCCGACCAGCACGAGCUGGAAGCCGACCGACGUCGACGCACCCGUGACCGAGCUGCACGGGGCGCCCGUGGCGCAGGCGUCGGCGGCCGAGAUCGCGGCUGUCGAGAAGGCGGAGGCGAUCAAGGAGAAGGAGGACGAGGAGGAGGAGGACGAGGAGGAAGAAGAAGAGGGGAGUGAAGAGGAGGAAGACAGUGAUGAGGAUGAUGAUGAUGAUGAAAGCGACAAGGACGAGGGGAAAGGUAAGGUUGGUCAAGGCGUCAAGGCGAAGGAGAAAUGACAAGGCACUGGAGUCGGCAGUGAUGGGGGUUAGGUUAGUCAAGCGCUGUGUUGUGCUGUGCCGUGCCGUGUUGUGUUGUGUCGACAGCAUCAAUGGUUUGACGUUCUGUCUAGUUGC